AUGCAAAAAUUUGUUACUUUGCAAAGAAUUUGCUUGCGUAGACUCACUCAUCGUUUUAUGUGCUCCCAUGUUUCAUCACAAGGAGUGUCAGUAACGGUUGCCAAGCAAACGCUACAUCGGAUUCAAGAGAAUUUUCCGUUUCAUUUCCGAGCAGUUUCGUGUAGAAAUUAUUUUACAACAACUUGCCCGAUUCGAAAUGACCUUGACACUAACAAGGAUUCGUCUUUAAAUAAUUCAAAAUCACAUGAAUCGUCAUGGAUUGACAAAACAUUUCAAGUGGAGAAUAUUGAAGAAACCCGAAAAUUAGCGGAACAAUUUUCUAAAUUGUUACAAAACACUGAUGUUGUGCUGUUAACUGGAGAUAUGGGAAGUGGAAAAAGCGUUUUUGCAAGGCAUAUCAUUCGGGUGUUGGAAAAGGACAUGAAUUUAAAUGUGCCCUCGCCUACUUUUUUAUUGGAUAAUAUUUAUGAAAAUAAGAUUAGUGGAAAUUAUGAAACAAUACAUCACAUUGAUCUAUAUCGAUUGGAUAGAUUUGACAGAUUAGAUUUGCCUCACAUUUUCACAAAUGGUAUUUCUCUAAUUGAGUGGGGAAAUCGGUUGCUUGAAGACAACGACAUGAUGAAACAACCUCAUCAUUCCUAUAUACGAGAUGUCUUGCUAGAUUCCUCCAAGUGCCACAUGCUGAUUAUCCUUUUUGAAAAUGCUGGGUCGAAUGAACAGCAUUGUAAUGGUGCGAAUAAUUCCAUCAUUCCUGACAAUGAGGAGUAUGAGUCACCACGUUCUAUUACCUUUCUUUCCAGUGAUUCAACAUGGAAAGAAAGACUUGCAGAAUUCUAA